UAUAAUAGAUCAUCUUCGGCGAGCGAAAACUGCUAUAGACUCCUCUUUUUGUCUUCAUAGCCACAUUAAAACGUAACGGACUGUCGGAAUUAGGAAGGUAGAAGAUUUACUACCCUAUAUUUGCCCUCCGUAAAUAAUCAAACAAUGAGGCAUUCAUAUCUCCCAUGUCUGUUAUAUGGCAAAACGUUUUGAUCAAUGUGUCUGCACGAAAAAUGAAAUGACCGAUUUAUAUAAUCAGAAAUAAAUGAAACGCACUCCAGGCUUUAUUAAGUGGAUAUUACGUGCCUUUUAACGAAAGAGAGCAGGUUUUCGUGAGGACUUUUUGUUAUUUCAUUUUUUUAAAUGACAUUUACAGAUUUCAUGUAAAAAGGUUGCUGCAACAACAAAGACCAUGCAUUCAUAGGAGAGGAGGAUUGCUUGCUACCUUAAGGUGAUAGAGUGAGGCAGCGUGCAGCAUUUGUCCAGGCCAGCCCAGGCCCAGGGGUGUGACCAACCGAGCGGAUGCCCUAGACUGUGCGGCAGGGGCGGCAGGCUCAACCAUGACUCGGCUGAUGUUAGGCCGGACCCUGGAGCGCAUCUGCAAGGCUGUCCUGCUGCUCUGCCUGGUGCACUUUGUCAUCAUGAUGAUCCUCUACUUCGACGUCUACAGCCAGCGCUUCGACCAGAUCUUCAGCCGCUUCAACAACGGCCGCAACGCCAGCCGCAGUGGACACCACUACUACUACAACCUCAGCCGGCCCAACGCCACCUUCGCCAGCUACCUGGCCACUGCAGACCAGCUGCUGCCCAGCGUACGACCUGAGGGAAAUCACACGCCACCAACUACCAAACCUAUACCACCAUGCCCGGAGAUACCACCUGGUCUGGUGGGCCGCCUCCUCAUCGAGUUUGCCUCCCAGAUGACAAUGGAACGAGUGCAGAAGGAGAACCCAAACGUGACGGAGGGGGGCAAGUACACCCCACCAGACUGCCGUGCCAAACAGAAGGUGGCUAUCAUUAUCCCGUUCAGACACAGAGACAACCACCUCAAGUACUGGUUGCACUACCUGCACCCCAUCCUACGACGGCAGAAGAUCGACUACGCCAUCUAUAUCAUCACCCAGCUUGGCGAGGACACCUUCAACAGAGCCAAGCUCCUGAAUGUGGGCUACACCGAGGCUCUGAAGGAUGCAGAGUAUGACUGCUUCAUCUUCAGCGACGUGGACCUCAUCCCUAUGGACGACCGUAACCUCUACCACUGUUACGACCAGCCACGACACUUUGCCAUCGCUAUGGACAAGUUUGGCUUCAGGCUUCCUUAUGCGGGGUACUUUGGCGGGGUUUCCGGGCUGAGCAAAAAACAGUUUCUCAAGAUCAAUGGCUUCCCCAACGAGUACUGGGGCUGGGGAGGAGAAGAUGACGACAUCUAUAACAGGAUCACCCUCAACGGGAUGAAGGUGGUUCGACCGGACGUCCGGAUCGGCCGCUACAGGAUGAUCAAACACGAAAGAGACAAGCACAAUGAACCCAACCCACAAAGAUUCAACAAGAUCCAGAACACCAAGAACACUAUGAAGAGAGACGGGAUCAGCACGUUAACAUACCGCGUGCUCCAGUUUAAGAAGUACCCUCUCUACACCAACAUCUCUGUAGAGAUCGGCAAGCCCCCGCCCCGGCCUUUCAGGGGCUAGACAGAUAGAGAGCCCUGGCCUUGACAUGGAGAGGGAAGGAUGGAGGAGGAGGAAGGGAGAUGGGGGAGAGAACUAUAGUACACAGCAGAGAGCCUUCAUCUCCUCCUCUACCUCCUUCAGCCUGACUCAGAUACCCCCCACCGACCUGCGCUAGGAGUCUGCCCUGGCCUCUCACAGCCCAGUCUGUGUGGGGAUACUGGUACACACUCGUUGCCCUCCCACCCUGCCAACGGCUCAACGGUUACGGCAGGCCUACAACAUGGCUGGGACCCUGACUGACUGACUAGCUCUCAGGAAUAGAUGAGGACAGAGGAUAUAUCAGAUUCGAUUCAGAUUCAUUCCCCUGGCGACAGUGCUGCUCUGGAAAUGCACACACUGUACAUGAAACACACAGCAAUAAGUCCAGUGCUACUGGUGUCUCGGUCCUGAUAACGCAAAGCAACGGGGGUUCAAGAGGAGUCAUAUAAUAUUGGGUUGUUGAUAUGCUGGGGGUUGGGUUUGGGAUUCUGAGCAGAACCAAGAAGAACUGCCCUGAUCUCUCUGUGAGAAUCUGUCAAUCAGAACACUAUAUCGGCGCAAAAUGAAUGUGUACUGUCUGUGCCUGCAUCCAAUGCAGGCUUUCCCCAUUUCCCAUGACGUUGACAAACGGUGCUGGAGGAGAGAAACAAUGUGCACCAACACUUUUUAUUAAGACAAAGAAGUGUGACUUUCUGUGGAGAGAAUCAAGGUUGAGUGAAUAAAGACCUCCUGGUAGUGGAUGGAUAUGGCUAUUCAAGGAACUAGUUUUGACCUGUUUGUGGAGGAGAAAGGUCCAGCAAAUAGAAGAGAAGAUGGACUUCUGGCAUGGUUCUGACAGGUGAUUAUUAGAGACUAUUUUGUUGACGUGUUCUCACGCACAGAGAAGGUUACGUUAAGUACUGAUGAAAGUGUAAACGUUUGCUGUAUGACAAUGUGUCCCAGACCGUUUUAGAAGAGGAUCAUCUAUUGCUCAAAUACAAGACUCUUUGCUCCACUUUUUUCUUUAAUUUCUAUUUCAAAAUGCCAUCCACGUUUUUGGAAAAGAAAAUGAUAAGGCAUUGAUAACCAAGUGGUUUAAAUUGUGAAUACUGUAAGGACGGUCUAGUAUGGUGAAUAUUUGCAUUGUAGCAUUAAUUCCAUCCAUUCAAAGUCAGAGGCACUGAAGCACUGAGGUGAUAAGAACAGAACUGAAGUUAGUUAUUUAUUGAGUCCCCUUGAAUAAAUGGAAAACCAGCCUACAUAUAGUAAAAAAUAUAUAAAAUAUAUAAUUCGCUAUUAACACCACCAAUAUAUAAAAGCCUUUUAACGACAGUAAGCUUUUUCUUCUCUCAUUUUCUUCUCCUUUUCCUUUGUGUACUGCCUAAACACCAAAUUGAUGCCUUCAGAAUUGUUAUGAGGGGCAAUGAUAAGGAAUGCUGCAUUCUGUUGUGUGAAGUGAUGUGGAAAUCUCUCUUUUGUACUAUCAAUGGUUUUCUUGGCCUGGCUUGAGACAGUGAGUAUUUAAAGAUGCCCCAACCAACCCGUUUCCCCUCUGUUUAUUUUAAAGAGCCUUUUCAAGUGCAUUUUCCUUCUUUUUUUGUUUUUUUACAACACCCUCCAUUUCCUUUCAUUUCACUCCCUGGCUCUACCAUCCCUCUCUCCGUGUGUGUCUGUGUGAACACCACAGUGUGUUUCUGUACUUGACCAUCUGAUGAAUACACAGACAGCUGUGUCUGAAGCACACUGCUCCUCUAUAGAAAUAUCAGGAGGACUUAAAAAAUCAUUACUCUUCUCUCUCUCUCUUUCUCUCUCUCUCUUUCUCUCUCUCUCUUUCUCUCUCUCUCUCUCUCUCUCUCUCUCUCUCUCUCUCAUUCUGCUGCCUUUUCAUUUUUGAGUGCACUACUACUGGUGUGAGAGCACCUCGCAAAGAGAAUACUCUACUCCUCAUUCUACACUGGAGACCAAUGUACUUUUACGCUACUGUAUUCUGGAUGUCAUUACUUCUGUCAAAUGGGUGAAUGCUGUGUAUGUACUGCUUUCUGAUGGCUGUGGACCAUAGGAGUUUGACAUAUUACUGCCUAUGGUCCCAGUACAGUAUGAUUCAUCAUCCUGCCAAGCUCCUGCUUUUAUGUUCCAUGUUGAGGGAAUCAUUUUCCUAAAGGCUAAAUAUACUACUUGGAACUGUGGGAAGAAUAUAUAUAUUUAUAUAUAGCUAGCAUCAUUACCUAAAAUCUGCUUAGCAGAAUGAGCUUACUACUGAUGCAGUAGCACACAACCCUGAAAAUAUUUGGUACUCAACGUUUUAGUCAAUGGUUUCAUUAAAUUAAAUGCUUUGAUAAAAACAAUGUUUUUGCCAGUGAUUGUCAAAUCGUCUGGUUAGGUCUACAGACUGGGCUUUUUAUCAGAACUCCAGUCAGAGAUCUUACUGUACAAUUGGUGGAUAUUUGGUUUACUGUAGAGUAGACUACAGGAUGUGAUUUCUGUACAUAUCAGACUUGUAUCAGACAUCAAGUGCUAGCUAUCAUGUAUUACAGGUGCAUGAACAGGCAUUACCAUAUCAUUUGUGUUGUGAACUUGAUAUCUAUAUGGAGAUCAUUCCCAAGUAUGCUAGUACAGGAAUAAUCCAUCCUAUUGGUACUAUAAUAUCCAUUUAGUCAUACAUCAUAUUGAUAUAUCCAUCGUAUUAUCUUGUUUGGCCUAUUGGCUAUAUUCUGCCCCACUACCCCACUUAUAGUGACUCUGGUGUCACAUUGUAGGUACUGUAUAAUACAGAUUUGAUAUGAUGGUAUUGACAGGGGGACCUUUCAGCACAAGCGUAGAGGCAUCCUUCCCAGGACUGUGUCUCUCCGACACAGCUCGUCAGCUAUAAACCAGUGAUAAAGCACCGCUCCUCGUUUGCGUCCCAAAUGGCACCCUAUUCCCUAUCUAGUGCACUACUUUUGACCAGGGCCCUUAUAGGAAAGUGGGUGCCAUAUGGGAUGCAUCCCUCUGCACCCUCCCCACAGUCAACUAUUAUUGUGUUCAAUUUUGUCCUGGAAAUUGAUAAUUGCUGGGCAUCAGCUUUCUUCAUUGACCAUGUGUUUGAUGCAUCCUUGAAUAAGAAAAGCAGACAGGUGGCAUACUAAGGUACUGUCCACCCUUUGGAGUGUUUCUGAAGUUCUCUUCAUCCAUCUGUUGGCAGACACUGCAUGGCUUCCCCCUUCUACUUAUACGUUUCAACCUAAUGCCCAUUAAGCAAUAUUUUCCCUCACUGUCAGAGCAGUCAUUUCAAGGAAGUGGUGGGUAACUGAAAGAGAAACAGGAUAGGAUGAGGGCAUUGGAGAACAUCACCUACUGACUGCCUCGGGCCUUCAAGCUGGAGUGCAUUUUUAAAGAUGUACUGUAUCUAGGUUUUGUACAUUGAAUGUUGAAAAUGUUAUCUUAUAUAGAAUGCAUAAUGUUAUAUCAAACCAACCUUUUCUAUACAAUCAAUAAAUCUAAUGGUAAAUGAGAUA